CUGCAAUUGAACUAAAGGACCGCAGGCAGCUGUACACGAGCGAGCAUCCUCUAUUCUACACACGCGCCCACAUCACACAGUCAAUGGAUUACACCUUCUCUCUCCAAGUGCAACACCAUCUUACCGUGUACCCGACACACUUUUGCGAGGACUAUAGCUUGGAGUUACAGAUGAAGUCAACAGAGGUGGAUCAAGGCCUUUUCACAGACAGUUACUGCAAAGUGUGCAGCGCUCAGCUCAUCUCAGAGUCUCAGAGAGUGGCACAUUACGAGAGCCGGAAACAUGCGAACAAAGUGCGUCUAUAUUACAUGUUGCAUCCAGUAGAUGGGGGAUGUCCAGCUAAGAAGCUCAGAACAGAUGAUGGCAGUGAGGAGGGAGAUGUGGAUAAGAACAAGUGCUGUACGCUGUGUAACAUGUCCUUUACUUCAGCUGUGGUAGCGCAGUCUCAUUACCAAGGCAAGAUCCAUGCUAAAAGGCUCAAACUUCUGCUGGGUGAACAGCCUGCCAUAACAGCCAAAGAGGUACCACCUAGUCCAGUGAAAACACCCUCCUCAGAAACUUCACCUGUGAGCUCGACCCGUCAGCACCGGGAUUCUGAUCGCUACUGUCAGCUGUGUAAUGCUUGGUUCAACAACCCUGGAAUGGCACAGCAACACUACGACGGCAAAAAGCACAAGAAGAACGCAGCACGUGCAGACCUGCUGGAACAACUAGGGAAGACUUUAGACAUGGGAGAGAUGAAAGGUCUAAAACGCUGCUACACCUGUGAUGUCUGUAGUGUCACACUGAAUUCAGUGGCACAGUACCAUGCACACCUGCAGGGCUCCAAGCACCAAAACAACCUAAAAAAUCAGCUGUGUGUCCAGUGAGCCAGUGGGAAAAACUAGAUGAUUGGAUUGAUGUCAGACAAGCUGUGAUCAGCUUGCCCGGGAUUUUCUGUCCUCCCUUUCUCUCUCUCUCUCUCUUUUUCUCACUCUCUUGCGCGCUCUCUCUCUCUCUCUCUCUCUCCUUCUCUUACUCUGUUGUCUUACUCUCAACUUGACUGCAAAAGAAGAUUAAAGAUCCUCUUAAAGUCAGCCUUUAGUCAUCCCGAACCCUUUCUCUACCUCCCAGCCUCCUCUACAGCAGCUCUCCUCCUCAUGACUCAAACACAGACAUCAGACUCUGAAUCUCUGGAGGAGAUGUGACUUCAUCCAGUGACACCCAUCUGGUACUUAUUCUGUUAUUGCGCCAGAAGUUUAUAUAGCUAAACUCAGUCAGUUGUUGUGUGCAUGACUGAAUACUGUACUUGUGGUCACUUUCUCAGCUAAGCAA